AACAACGUUAUCGAAACAAAAUAUCUAGAGAUUGAGAACUUGGAAUGGAACAAGGGAAGAUGGUGGCGAAAGGGUUACCUCAGCAACUUCAAAACCCCAUUGAACAACUCCAAACACGUUUCAAGGAGUUAGAGAAUGGCUUCAGACUCUGGCUCUCCAAGCAGUCUCUUCCCGUCGAAGCCGCCGUCGUCACCACCACCAGCGCCGCCCAAGGCGCUGCCAUCGGCGCCUUCAUGGGCACCCUCACCGCCGACGCCUCCUCCACUUUCCCCACCCCUCCGCCUAACGCCUCUCUCAACCCUCAAGCCAUGGCCUCUCUUAAGCAAGCUCAGGCUCUUUCUGGAGGUCCUUUAAUUCAAGCUCGUAACUUUGCUGUGAUGACGGGAGUGAAUGCUGGUAUUUCCUGUGUAUUGAAAAGGUUAAGGGGCAAGGAAGAUGUUCAGUCUAGCAUGGCGGCAGCUUUUGGUUCUGGGGCCAUGUUUUCAUUGGUAAGCGGCAUGGGUGGACCAAAUCAAGCAGCAAAUGCAGUCACUUCUGGACUUUUCUUUGCACUUGUUCAAGGUGGACUUUUCCAGAUAGGACAAAAGUUUUCUCAACCACCUGCUGAAGAUAUUCACUAUUCUAAAACAAGACACAUGUUGCACAACCUUGGUCUUCAGAAUUAUGAAAAGAAUUUUAAGAAGGGCUUGUUAACGGACAACACUUUGCCUUUGCUUACAGACAGUGCUCUCAGAGAUGUGAGGAUUCCUCCUGGACCCAGGCUUUUGAUUCUUGAUCACAUCCAAAGGGACCCGGAUUUGAGAGAGAAGCGAGGAAGCCGGAAUUGACUGAUAUGAAUAGAGUUUGCUGCCUUCGAACUUUUAGUUGUUGAAAGCCAUUGAAAAUGGAUACUAGGAAAUUUGUGUUGCAAAUGAAUUUUGCAUUUUUGUUUCUUAUGCAUUUUGUUCCAUUAUUGCAGUCUACUUGGUAAACUUGGGUUAAUUAAUCAGUUAUUUCAGUUGCCAUGAAACGUAAAUGGCUUGAAAGUAGAUUCUGGAGCAUGAAUUUGUUAACUUCAAAAUAAGAAAAAUUGCUUCCUUGCAGAGGAAUUGUCAUCGACUUAUUGCAUUAAUUCUAUCAAUGAUCUACCCAAUCAAUGGUUCCACAUUGGUCAUGAUAAUCUGAACGAAAGAAGAAGACUUCCACCGAUAUUAGCUGGAAUGUCUUGUUUUGAACGAUAGUACUUGAAUCAUUUGUGGAGGUGAAUCUUGCAUUUUGCAUGUCAGUUCCUUGUUUACUGGGUUGGGUCGAUUGAUUCGUUAAUUGUGAUUUUUCCGGAAAGAUCAAUGGUUUGAGUGUCGAGAAGAUUUAAU